CCCCAUUUCCACUUCACCUACCAAACCCAAAACUGAACUUUACUUUCCCAAACUAUCUCCCGCGCUUCCUCUACAUCUACCACUCCUUGCCGCCGCCGCCGCCGCCACCACCACUACCCAUGGAUCAGGACAACCAGAGGGGUCCGCCCCCCGCUUCCACACGAAGCUUGAAGCGGAAGCUGGAGCCUGAAUUCGAACACCCAAACGAGGAGAGUGGGGAGCGCAAGCUUCUCGUUCUUGAGCAGCCCCGCCACUGCUUGGCUCCCCAGGACCACGACCUUGUCCCAGAGAUACUUGCCCACGUGAAUCUCCUUCAUUCUACUUUCUCUUCCGCCGAAGCCGAUCGCUCCGCUGCCAGGCGUGCCACUGUUUUCCUCUCCCAACUAGCGGAAAACGAGGACAUGGUAAACGUGAUAGUGGACUGUGGAGCUGUUCCAGCUUUGGUAAAGCAUCUCCAGGCACCGGCAGUGGUAAAAGGCGACAGCAGUCCGAGGCCUUAUGAGCAUGAGGUGGAGAAAGGAAGCGCUUAUGCACUUGGACUUCUCGCUGUCAAACCAGAACAUCAACAGCUCAUAGUUGAUGCUGGAGCUCUACCACAUCUUGUGGAUUUGUUAAAGAGGCACAAGAAUGGUUGUAACUCCCGAGCAGUCAAUGGUGUUAUUAGGAGAGCUGCUGAUUUAAUAACUAACCUAGCUCAUGAAAAUAGCUGCAUUAAAACCCGUGUCAGGAUCGAAGGUGGUAUCCCUCCUCUUGUUCAACUGCUCGAGUAUGUGGGUACAAAGGUACAAAGAGCAGCUGCAGGGGCCCUGCGAACCCUUGCAUUCAAAAAUGAUGAAAACAAAACUCAGAUUGUAGAAUGCAAUGCUCUACCAACCCUUGUACUGAUGCUUUGGUCUGAGGAUGCCACUAUACAUUAUGAAUCGGUUGGUGUGAUUGGUAACCUGGUCCACUCAUCCCCAAAAGUUAAAAAAGAAGUUCUCCUCUCUGGAGCUUUACAACCUGUUAUCAGAUUGCUUAGUUCCUGCUGUCCGGAAAGCCAAAGAGAAGCAGCUCUGUUACUUGGUCAAUUUGCUGGAGCUGAUUCUGAUUGCAAGGUACACAUUGUUCAGAGGGGUGCCGUCCGGCCGUUAAUUGAGAUGCUUCAGUCACCAGAUACACAGCUUAGUGAGAUGUCGGCUUUUGCACUUGGGAGGUUGGCUCAGGAUACACACAACCAAGCUGGCAUUGCUCAAGGUGGAGGCAUAAUGCCUCUACUUAAGCUUCUUGAUUCAAAAAAUGGAUCUUUGCAACAUAAUGCUGCAUUUGCUUUAUAUGGUCUUGCAGAUAAUGAGGACAAUGUUGCAGAUAUUAUCAAAGUUGGUGGUGUUCAGAAACUUCAAGAUGGAGAAUUCACAGUUCAACCAACUAAAGAUUGCGUAGCAAAGACAUUGAAAAGAUUACAGGACAAGAUUCAUGGGCGAGUACUAAAUCACCUGCUAUAUCUGAUGCGGGUUUCAGAGAAAGCUGUUCAAACAAAGGUGGCCUUGGCUUUUGCUCAUCUUUGUGCCCCUGGAGAUCAAAACACUAUUUUUAUCCAUAGCAGUGGUUUAGACUUAUUGAUUGGGCUUCUAGAAUCUACAAGUCUGAAGCAGCAACGUGAUGGUUCAGUAGCCUUGCACAAGUUGGCUACCAAAGCUAUUUCACUCUCUCCUUUGGAUUCUGCUCCUCCAUCACCAAACCUGCAGGUGUAUUUAGGUGAGCAAUAUGUAAACAAUCCUACACUUUCUGAUGUCACAUUCUUAGUUGAAGGUAAGCGGUUCUAUGCUCACAGAAUUUGUCUUCUUGCUUCUUCGGAUGCAUUCCGUGCAAUGUUUGAUGGUGGCUAUAGGGAGAGGGAUGCUAAAGAUGUAGAAAUUCCAAAUAUUAAAUGGAAUGUUUUUGAGCUGAUGAUGAGAUUCAUAUACACAGGAUCAUUAGAAGUUGAUCUGGAUGUUGCCCAGGAUCUCCUCAGAGCUGCUGAUCAGUAUCUUUUGGAUGGUCUUAAGCGUCUCUGCGAGUAUGCCAUUGCUCAGGAUAUUUGCGUGGAAAAUGUUUCUCUCAUGUAUGAGUUAUCGGAGGCCUUUAAUGCUAUGUCGUUGAGGCAAGCAUGCAUACUGUUUAUUUUGGAGCAGUUUGACAAAUUGAGUGCCAAGCCAUGGUACUCCCACCUAAUGAAGUGCAUUAUACCAGAGAUACGCAAUUUCUUCACUAAUACUCUUUCUAAGCGUAUCCAAGCUGAUUUGCGGCAAACCUUAGACAGUCAAGCUUGAAUUUUGAUCUUUGGCUAACUGUUAAGAUGGAAGAUUUAGCAUGUACAGAAAGUUGUAGGUCAUUCAACCUAGUCAUUGAGCAAUCAGGAGUGGAUUUUUCAUUGCCUAUUCAGUUUUUUGGGGGAGAUCACGUUUCGCUUGUAAACUAUCCUAGUUUUCAGUUAGCUUCCUAAAUUAUAAGAGUUUUGAAUUUACACCCAAAACUAGCAAUAUGUUUCACACUUCAUUCAAGUCUGAUAAUUAAAAUCAUGUCACUUGAUAAAAUCUCUUUUCCCUCUUUAUAGUUAGAUUUUAAUCUGGGGUGCAAAUUGAAAGAUAUAGGUAGU